AUGGAGGUUUAUCAGUUAAAAUUAGAGGCGAUUGAAACAAAUAAAAAAUUUGCUAAAAUUGUAAGUGAAAAUGCCAGCCUCAAAGAUGAAAUUAAAAGUUUGAGUGAACAACUUGAUAGAAAAAAUCUGGUGGUUGUUGAUUGUGAACAACUAAAACAAGAAUUAGAAGAAGUCAAGAAUAAAUUCUCUCAAAAUCUAAAAAUUAUUGAGGAAAAAGAAGAUAUUAUAAAAGAAAAAGAUGGAGUCAUUGAAAAGAAAGAAAAAGAAUGUUACGAGAUUCAAAACAAACUUGCCGAAGCUGAAAAAAUCAUCAAAGAGAAAAGUGAUGAAAUUAUCAUGGUUCAAAAAGAAUUAGAAGAAACAAACUCAACUCAUGAAACAAUUGUAAAAGGUUUAGAAGACGAAAUUGCUCAACUCCAGAAAGAAGGAGAAGAAAAAGAAGAAACAAUAAAUAAAAUAAACGAAGAAAAAAGAGCAUUAGAAGAGCAUUCACUCUUAGAAGAAUCAACAAGAACAAAUUUAAAAGAAGAAAACAUUUUAUUAAACAGUAUUAUUAAUGCAAUGAAAACAACAAAAAUAAAUAAUAACACUACCACAGAUCAACCAAAUCAAGAGAAAGAACAAAAUAAAGAUACUGUUUACAAAACUAAUCAAAACAUAGAAAAAAUUAAUGAAGUUAAUAUUGAUCUUCAAAAUAAAGUACUUGAACUUGAAAACUAUAUUAAACAAAAGGACGAAGAUAUUAAUCAAAUCAAACAAUUAAUAGAGCAAGAAAGAAAAAGUAUGGCCGAAAAAUCUCAAAACGACGAAGAAACUAUUGAUAACUUAACAAAAGAAAAUCAAAGACUUAAAAAUUAUAUUGAACAAACCCCAAUAAAUCAAAAGAGUCAAGAAACUUCCACCAAAGAAUUACCACCACUCAAUAAAGAAAGUAGUAGUGCUAAUGGAAUUGAUGAUAUACCAAUUGAACCAGAAAUUAUAUCUGUUGACAUUCCAAUCCAUCAUUACUUCACUGGGUAUCAAGAAGAAAUAGAAAUAAAUGGACAAAUAUUUACUGUCCCAAUCACUGUUGGAUUAUCAGAUGGUGCUGAAUUUAAUUACAAAGGAUAUGGAACACCAGUUAAUGGAAGAAAAAGGGAUUUGAUUAUCGUUACCAAUACACAACAAACAGAAAGUUAUCAACGACAAGAAAAUAACCUUUUCCAAAGUGUUGCUAUUCCACAAGCUUAUAGAAACCAAAUGUUCCAAUGCUCUAUUCCAUGUAUUGACGGAGACACUAUUCCUGUUAUGAUAACAGGGCAAGAAGGAGUACAAGGGCCAUAUGAGGGAUAUGGUAUGCCAAUUGGAACAACUGGAAAAAGAGGAGAUUUAUAUCUCAUAAUCAAGUUUAAUUAA